AUGGAGGACGAAGGUAAUUUGGGUCUGUCCGAGGAGGGUUUUGGGGCAUUUGACAAUGCCGACCCAUCCGAGGAUCCUUCUGGUGAUCUAGGUGACCCAGACUUGUCUGAAGCGAAACUGUUGUCAGUGGGAACAUCCUCCCGAGCCGAGAUGGGUAUUAAGAGAAAGCCCCCAACCAGCUUGUUCGACCUCAUCGAGGGUCAGCCGGGGAAGGGUGCACAGGGAAAACCGCAAUCCAAUGCUCCGUCUCCACCACCUCAGCCCCAGCCCGUCCAGACUAGGUCCUCCUCUACUAAGUCGCAGCCACAAUCUCCCCGCCCCAAACUUCCUGCUCCUCCUCAAUCAGCUCUGCCUCCACGGCUGGAGCCCGCUGACUUAAAGAGAAAGAGGAGUCCCAAGGGGAAGGAACCCAUUGAUGGGGGAAAAUCCCAAUCCUCUCAUGUGAGGGAUGAAGCCCCGCGAGCUCAAAAACAGUUAAAAAUUGGGCACCAAAGUAAGGGGAAAUGGAUUGAAGCCCAAUCCGCCCAAAUCAAAGGGAAAGGGAUCGAAGCCCAAUCCGCGCCGAGUGCUUGGCUUCCCGCCCCACUGCUCCACGGGGAGCCAUUGUUGGAGAAUGCGUCCAUGAGGGACCUUGGAGACGGUGAUGGCGGUUAUAUGGCCGACGCGUUAGGAACGACCAUGCUGCUUCCUACUGAUAUGGAGGAGUUGAAGAAUAUGAGGAUGCAGGAGGUUUUCCUUAGCGCGAAGAGGUGCCUGGGUAUGGCUAUCCAGGCCACCUAUAGGAUGGAGGAAGAAGUUAAGGGGCAGAGUAAGGCUGCCGAGGCCGAGGAACAGACAAAGUGCCUACUCGCCGCCGAGGAUCAAUUGCAGAUUGCUAAGGAGCAGAUCAGCGAUUUGAAAAAGCAACUGAUCGAGGCAAAUAAUGCUAAAGGCGUGGCGGAAUUUGCCAAGGACGUGGCGGAAUUUGCCAAGGACGAAGCCGCAGAGAGCAUAUUUUAUCCCCCAGCCAUCCGUGAGACCACCUCCGCCAGCUCCGAGGCUACAAGCGAUCCACACAAGGCAGGGGCUGCUCAGUCAAAAGUUGCUCAAAUCAUCGUCCCUCCUGGUGAGUCAACUGAAGGAAGAGAGCCUUAUGAUGCGACGGAAGCACCUAGAGGUCUGAAUCCCGAGAUGCCUAAAGAGGGUGCCGAGCCUACGGUCAAUGCUCAGAUCUAUGGUGCCGAGGAGCCAGCCAUCUUUGUUCAGCCCCUACAGGCCAUUCCCCUUACUGAUGUCUCCAAGAGCGUCGAAACUGACCCUGCUUAG